CCAACCCAAUACAUUACAUACCCCAACCCAAUACAUUAUACAUACCCCAACCCAAUACAUUAUACAUACCCCAACCCAAUACAUCAUACAUACCCCAACCGAAUACUUUAUACAUACCCCAACCCAAUACAUUAUACAUACCCCAACCCAAUACAUUAUACAUACCCCAACCCUAUACAUUAUACAUACCCCAACCCUAUACAUUAUACAUACCCCAACCCAAUACAUUAUACAUACCCCAACCCAAUACAUUAUACAUACCCCAACCUAAUACAUUAUACAUACCCCAACCCUAUACAUUAUACAUACCCCAACCCUAUACAUACAUACCCCAACCCUAUACAUUAUACAUACCCCAACCUAAUACAUUAUACAUACCCCAACCCAAUACAUUAUACAUACCCCAACCCAAUACAUUAUACAUACCCCAACCCAAUACAUUAUACAUACCCCAACUAUUAUUUACAAAAAGUUGCUUUGAAACAAAUCAAGCAUUAG